GAUUAGCUGUUUGGUCUGUAGUUGUAGAAAGUCUGGUAUUUUGCAUCCCGGAAAGAGACUGCUUGUUGGAAUGGCGAGGAGUCAAGGCUACUUGAGAAGAAGAAUGAAAAUAGAAGGCAACGACAACGUCUUAGGCAAGCAACAGUAAAGUGGAAAGAAGAAAUAUGUUAACUUAAAAACAUACAUUUGCUUGAAUGUAGUUCCGGAAUGAGUGAACAAUUACAGCAUCUACACAUGCUUAUGCUUUUCUACGGUGUGUUGUUUGUCAGAGAAACGUGAGACGUUAUCGGCCCAACAGCUGUAACGUAGACGAGUCUUCUGCAAUGAUCCUCCGCGAUGAACAGGCAAUCUAACAUGAAAUAUAUCCUGCCAUGUAAGCUAGCGUGUUGUCGGGGUGCUUACAUCAAUUUUAUUUAUAAUUUUGCACAAACCUCACCCACCAAACGUCUCGGCCUCAAUAUACGCUCUGUCACUGCAAUGAAGUUUACGUAUCGUUUGUAAAUUAUUUACCGAGGAAUAACGAAAUUAUCAAAAAAAGUAUCUCAGCUUUGAGAUACAUUCUGGAAACUUUCAGAAGAGAAAAAUCGUAAUUCUAGUUCUGUCUUAAUUUAGCCAUUUAUGUUGUUAUUUUCUAGUAUUGGAUUUUAACUUCAUUUACCACUAUUACAUUACAUGUAUCUCAUGUGCUGUGAUCUGUACACACGUAUUUCUUAAUUGAUAUUCUUUAGGCUAUAAACUCUACGCUCUCUCUCUCUCUCUAUAUAUAUAUAUUUACAUAUAUAUAUAUAUAUUUGUGUGUGUGUCUCUCUAGAUUAUCGUCCUGGUACGUCUUGUCUUACUCCACGAAGUUGAUUGUAAUUUAUUUUUUACUUAUUUCAAGUAUACAUUGGUAACUUCAUGAAAUGUAUUACAUUCUGACACUGACAAAUUUUUAUUGUUUUCGGAAUAAGUCAAGAAAAAUGAUUUCAUCAAAUAGACAAAUUUUUUUAUGAACAUAUUACUGGCAGUGAACUGGAUUUCUUCAAUAGAUGGCAAACUUGCUGCCGUAUAUUUGUUUCAUUUAUCUAACUAUAUUUAGUUCCAGUCCAUAACUUGAACACUUAUUUAAAUAAAACAAACUUAUAGCUGCAUUGACAAGAACAAUACUGUAGUAGUAAUAAUAAUAAUAGUUGUAUAAGUAAUUUUUUUUCUAAUUAGGCACAAGGCCAAUUUUGAAAGCUGAUAAAAUCAUUCGCACUGUUAUUUCUGGUACAACUUAUGCGAAUGUUAGUGUGAAAGUUGAAAUCGUUGGUGGUGUGUGGUUUUGAAUAUGAAUCCAAUCAAUGGGACAUGUGUACGAUCCAAGUUGGUCAUUGUCGGCGAUUGUGCUUGUGGCAAAACUUCUUUGAUUCAUCGAUAUGUCAAUGGAGCCUUUUUAGAGACAUAUGCUCCGACUGGUUUCAAUACCUAUAAUGCUACAUAUGAUGUAUCUGAUACAUAUAAAAUUGAAAUGUCCGUUUGGGAUACUUCAGGGGAUGGAGGAUAUGACAGGGUACGCCCUUUAUCAUAUGCUGAAGCAGAUCUAGUAAUUAUAUGCUUUUCAGUCGCAGAUCCAGAUUCACUAGAACAUGUCAUGUCAAAGUGGUUUCCUGAAGUUCGAGAACACUGUCCAAGUCAACCCAUUAUGCUCGUUGGAUGUAAAACAGACUUACGAUCAGACCUGCAGUGUAUAUCAGCCUUGGCAAAGAAAAAGCAAAUCAUGGUUUCUUAUGAUCAAGGAUUAAAAGCAGGAAAACAUAUUGGUGCUCUUGCCUACUCUGAAACAACAUCUAAAUCUUCUCAAAGGAGUGUUGGUGAUGUAAUAGAGAUUGCAGCACUUUCUUCUGCUGGAAACAAAAAUUCUACUGAAGCACCUAACUUCAAACGACAAAGAUCUUUCAUGCGACGGAAGAGAUUUAGUGGAUUAAAUGAUACAAAGUCACAACUGCGAAAGGAUGUAGUGAAGAGUUGUGUUGUUAUGUGAUCUGGUCUAAUAGCCAUUGCCAAUUUCUUUGUUCCAUUUAUUAAAAGAAAAUGAAAUGGAGAAAGUUGAUAAAAUUGUAACAAUAGUAGUUUCCUUACAACUACAGUUAGUAUUUAAUGAACAAAGAGUAAUUUAUAUUGUUUCAUUAUCGAACCAUAUACAACGUAUAAUAAACUAAGUUGUGAGGUUCUACAAAACAUGCAUAUACUUCAGUCAGCUAAAUAUCAAUCUUAACAACCAUUUGAGAACAUAUUUCUCGUUACGUUAUCACUCAGUAUUUCCUUACAAAGCAAGAAAUGCAAGUUAUGAUCAAGAAAUUGGUGUAUACCUAAAAAUUAAUGUUGCAAGAUUUUGUAUCAAUGUUUUUUAAAAAAAUAUUACAAAUUUCCAGCUG